UUCAUUCCUGCGUGACAUACCAGAAACAACUCCCCGAACUUUAGAUUUUCACACAGACGGAGGAGGAGAGGAGAGAACCAGGACCAGGACCAGGACCAAGACCUGAGCCAGGCGCAGACAGGAGGACCAUGGCCGCAGAGUUGAGUCAGGACGCGGUCUUACUGUUCCUCCACAGCCGCGGAGGCUCUGCCAAAAACUCAGAGCUGCUCCUUCACUUCAACCACUUUAUCCGGAACAACGUGGACCGAGACCGGAACCGAGAACUCUUCAAGAAGUUCGUUAACACCGUGGCCACAGUUCGACAGGAGGACGGAGUGUCUUACGUGGUUCUCAGGAAGAAAUUCAGAGGUCAGGUCCCGGUGGCAGCAGCUCCAGCAGCGGGAGGAAGAAGCUCCGCCACGUCGCCGCGACUCCCGAGGAGCACCGAGCCUUCACCGGAGCCUCCGCCGGAGAACAGCAACCUGAGAGCGACCACGAUAAUAAAAGCAGCUUCUCAGGGAGAAACUACAGUUCUCCCUGCAGCUGGAAUCAUCCUCAACAUCAACACUGGAGUGGAUUUUAACCAGAAGGUAACCAGGUCACCUGAGCCCAGAGGAGGAACCACAGCAGCUCCAGAGAAGAUCCAGAUCUCUGAACACCAUGUCCGACACGAGUGCACCUCAGUGGGACAGCAGAGUCUGUGUUUUGGUCCACUUCCUGGAACCACAGUGGUGGAUCCUGUAGUCAGAGAACAUGGAGGAACCAGGCUGCUGCAAGAUGUUCCUGCAGUCAGAGAACGCGGAGGAACCAGGCUGCUGCAAGAUGUUCCUGCAGUCAGAGAACACGUAGGAACCAGGCUGCUGCAAGAUGUUCCUGCAGUCAGAGAACAGAGAACACUCAGAGAACACGGAGGAACCAGGCUGCUGCAGGAUGUUCCUGCAGUCAGUCGGAGGAACCAGGCUGCUGCAGAUGUUCCUGCAGUCAGAGAACACGGAGGAACCAGGCUGCUGCAAGAUGUUCCUGCAGUCAGAGAACGGAGGAACCAGGCUGCUGCAAGAUGUUCCUGCAGUCAGAGAACACGGAGGAACCAGGCUGCUGGGAUGUUCCUGCAGUCAGAGAACACGGAGGAACCAGGCUGCUGCAAGAUGUUCCUGCAGUCAGAGAACGGAGGAACCAGGCUGCUGCAAGAUGUUCCUGCAGUCAGAGAACACGGAGGAACCAGGCUGCUGCAAGAUGUUCCUGCAGUCAGAGAACACGGAGGAACCAGGCUGCUGCAAGAUGUUCCUGCAGUCAGAGAACACGGAGGAACCAGGCUGCUGCAGGAUGUUCCUGCAGUUUCUUGUGUUGCUCCACGUCGAUUCAGAUACAGACAGAGCUACAAAACUGCUGUUUCUCAAGAUGACGAUGAGGACGAAGAAGAAGAGGAGGAGGUCACAGUGAGGCGUGGUUCAGCAGGAGGAGUGUGGCCCUCCAUGGUUCCUCUAGAAGACACAAGGAGGAGCAUAUCUGUGUCUUCACCGUGCAUCAUAGAGUCGCCUGCACCUCCUUCUGUCACCUCUUCUUCUUCUUCUUCUACAUCAGAACGAAUGCUCCCAAGGAUCUUCAUCCAGGAUGUGGAAGAGGAAACACUGCACCCACGUGAGUCAGGGGUGGAGCUUGGUCACAUGUCCAGCAGACAGCGCUGGCCUUCAGAGACAGAACGGUACACAUCAUCUCCAGACCAGGAGCGCAGGUUCUCACAGGACCAGGGUGUUCACCUGGAACCUAGACCUCUUCAUAGCCAGGGUGCGAUACUCUCCUCGAGCCACAGCAGCAUCUUCUCCCCGUCUUCUGACGCCGGGUUCUCCAGCAGUGACUGGCCACCGUCCAGCACCUCCAGAGGAUCAGCAUGGAACUGCAGCUACGAGGACCUGCAGGCUCCAGAAGCUGGAACCACCAUCCUGGAAGCUCUGCAACGAGCACAAAGGACCAACCUCACCUGCGCUAAACCCACAGCAGGCCGUCUCCGUGACAACCAGGAUUCUUCACUGGUGCCGUGGCAUCUCUCCACAGGUGACCUCUAUGACGACCACGAGGAGGCGGAGUCGAGCGAAGGCUCCCCGUUCUCGUCUCUGAUGCAGCACCCGCUGGUCACCAGACGACUCAACAACAGGACGAAGGACAGGAUGUGUCGCAGCUUAGGAGCCGACCUCGACCAGCUCCUGCAGGAGGAGGCGAGAGGAGGAGGAGGAGGAGGAAGUGAGGCGGCGCGACUGAACCGCCUGCACCUGCUCUCGUCCUCACUCAGCCUUCGUUACACACUCUCAUCCUCCUCUCUGUCGUCCUGCUCCUCGCCUCCUCGCUGCCAGAGCCUCGGCAACCUGGUCGAAGGAGUGGAUCGAGGAGGAGGCGGGGCCAGUCUCCCAACUGCCACUCCCACUGCUCACCACCAUCAAGGCAGCAGUCGACAGUCGCUGGUUCCUCUGGAGCCGCGGGAACACGAUUGGCUGGUGAAGGGGGCGUCGGGGGCGUGGCCUGACAUCUACUCCCUGUUCAGAGAAGAACCGUCUCUGCUGAACAAGCAGGACUUCAUGUCGGGCUUCACGGUUCUGCACUGGAUCGCCAAACACGGCGACCACAGAGUCCUCAACACGUUAUGGUACGGAGUUCAAAAGUCUGGUUUGAUGUUUGACGUAAACGCCAGGUCCACGUGUGGCCACACCCCCCUCCACAUCGCCGCCAUCCACAGCAACAAGAACAUCAUGCGGCUGCUGGUGAACAAGUUUGAGGCAGAUGUGAAGCUGCGGGACACGGCGGGAAAGAGGCCCUGGCAGUACCUGAGCGGCGCCGCCCCGCUUGACGUCUUCCAGAUGCUGGGGGCGCCGGCGCGAGCCGCUCUGGGCGGAGUCAAGAGAGUGGACGGCGGUUGGGAUCAUCAUCAUCAGCAGCAGCAGCAGCAGCAGCGCCGCCGGCGCCGCCAUCACUUCUCCACGGCCUCCUCUGGACAGCGGCCGCUGACCAUCGCAGGGACCAUCAGGGUCAAGAGGUCGUCGUCCAUCGCCGCUUUACUUAAACACAAAUCACUGCGACGCUUUCACGUCAGUAAAUCUGACUCUUCCUUCUGAACAUAAUCCCGACUCACGGAUUACGUCGGAAACCUCACGAAUGCACCAACCAACUCAAAAAUCAAAAAUUUGGUUAAAUCUCAAAACGUUUACCUGAACUUUUAAAUUGUUGCGGGGAGCCAAAGAUGUUGAAUGAAAAGCAGGGAAGAGGGCGGGGCCCCCAGCUGAGGAGGGGCCCCCAUGAGAACUACAGAGAAUUUAAUGAAAAUGCCCCUAAAUGUUAGGAUUGGCUACGUUCAGAGACUGUAACGACACCAAACUAGGCCUUGUCCCACUAACGUGCCACUGCUAGCUUCUGCUGGUCCUUGUUAGCGUAGUUUUAAAGAUAAUCAAUUACAUUUUACUAACAAAUGAAAUAAAGCAAAGCUUGUGACAAAAAUAACAUCAACAGGCUGUCUGUGGUAUAGUUAGCUAGCUGUGGUAUAGUUGGUUAGCUGUGGUAUAGGUAGCUGGCUGUGGUAUAGUUGGUUAGCCGUGGUAUAGGUAGCUAGCUGU